AUGCUUAAAACUGAUAGGAAAGGUUCAGGUACAUUCACCACCACAAUUCUACCCCAACAACAGAAACCCCAACACUCUCCAUCACCACCACCCCCAUUAGAUCACAGCCAAGACACUUCUUCUGCUUCCCCCGGACAAAAACCUACAUUUUCCGAUCUAGUCCGAGGAGUCGGCUCCGGACUUUGGUAUUCUGGUAGACAUUUAUUAAAUUCCUAUGUGAUUAUACCUGGGGGGAUAUUGACAUUAUUGGUGAUCUUAUAUGGAUUGGAUAAAUUAUUAGUCAAUGUAUUUAAAGUGACGUUUCCAUGUAGUGUAUUGGGAUUAUUAAUAAAUUUGGUAUUUUUAUGUGGAUUAAGUAUAUUUGCCAAUAUGAAUGAAGGUAAGAAUGAAAGUAAAUUAAAGAAACGAAUUAGACUGGGAGCUGGUUGGAUCUUGACGAAUUAUUUGACUUUGAUUAAACCUUCUAUGAAUUUUACCUUGAAAUGGAUUAAUGUAUUUUUUAUACCUUCAUUUAUCGUGUUGCCUUUGAGUGCUCCAAUUACAUUUAUAGAAUGUUUAAAGAUUGCUGGAGUUUUUGUAUUUGGAUUGAUUUUAUUGAUUAUUGCUGAUGUUUGGUUUAUUAGAUUACUUCGGUUUGGAUUUGGGAAAGUUGGGUAUGUGGUUGAAGAAAAGGAAGAUGAGAAUGAGAAUGAAGAUGAAGAGAUUGAUAGUAUGAGAGCUAAUAUUCUGGACACAGAAACUUUGGAUAAUACAUCGAUGUUUUCAACAAUAAUGAGGGAUGAUAUAACUACUAUUGAUGUUUCUAAUCUUCGUUCAGUCAAGACUGAACCUACUAAGAAAACCAGUAAUGUUAUUGUGAAUGAUAAUCCAUAUGUUUCGAAACCGAUAUUUAAAUCAAUGACUAUUACGAAUUCAGUUGAUGUUCCUCCCCCAUUAUAUCAUAGACCAUAUCAUGUUGAUUCUGGUAUUCAAUUCCAUGGAGCAUAUUCUUCUUCUCCCAUGAUUGCUAAUCAAUCAUCUGAAGAAUCUUCAAUUGCAAUCAAAUCGAAUGAAGUUGUUACCCAUACAGAAUCAGAAGAAGAUGAUUAUGAAGAUGAAGAUGAAAAACAACAACAACGAGACCACCACAACCAAACAAUGACUAAUCAUUCCAAAAGAAUUACUGUUUUUGUAACAAAAUAUAUUGAUUGGAUUUUUUAUAUUUUAGUAUUUAUUAUUUCAUUACCAUUUUAUUACAUCCCAUCAAUUCAUAAUCAUUUAGCUUAUCAUCUCGGAAUAACCAUAAUCUCCUACUAUAUCGCCCUAAUCAUCCCCCAAAAAUACCCCAUCACCAAGAAAUUCGCUCAUCCAAUCCUAAUCCUGACCACCCUAAUUUUAUUCAUUUGUUUCAUUGGAUCCCUAAUCUAUUAUCAUGGACAACCACGAGGAUUCUUGAUUGAUUUAAGAUAUUACAAAACCGGAAGAACAUAUCUAACUCUCUUUGAUAAAGAAUAUCGAUCCAUCUGGCCCGGGUUUGGUGAUGUAUUAUGUUCGUUAAUGGAUGUAUCUAUCGUUUCAUUAUCCUUACCGAUGUUUACCCAUCGUCGUGAUUUUAUCAAGAAUUUCUGGUUUUUGAUGCCAACUUUGCUCAUAUCAGUUGCUUUAACAUUUUUUUUAUAUCCGAUUACUUGUCAUGCUAUUGGGAUUGAAGCACAACGGUCGAUUGGAUUCAUUGGAAGAUCAGUCACGUUGGCAUUAGGUACGCCCUUGAUUCAAUCUUUAGGUGGGUCGGUCUCAUUGAUGGCGGUUUCAACUGUCUUAUCGGGGAUUGUUGGGGUUUUGAUCAAUGAACCGGUAUUUAGAUUGUUGAGAGUUGAUAAGAAUGAUUAUGUGACAAGGGGGGUUACAUUGGGGAUUAAUUCUGGGGCAAUUGGGACGGCAUAUUUGUUGAAUGUUGAUCCUAGGGCUGCUAGUAUUAGUUCGUUGAGUUUUGGUGUGUUUGGGACAAUUAUGGUUAUUAUGGCUUCUAUUGUUGGUGUUAGAGAAUUGAUUAGAAGUUGGGUAGGAUUGGGUUGA